UGUGGCAGCCGGUGGGGUGAUGUGCCGGGGGCCGGUAACGAGCCGGCCCCGAGGCUCCCGCCCCGUGACGUGCCGGCCCCCCCGCACGGCCCCCGGCCCCGCAGCGGCCCCCGACGGGACGAGGAUGCUCCCCGCCGCCCCGUGUCCCUGCCCCACGGAUGCUCCCCGCGGCCCCACGUUCCCGCCCCACGGUGUCUUUCCCAGGGGCAGCCCCGGGUGCUUCGUGCCCAGCCGGGGCUGGCAGCCCCCCCCCCAGGGUCCCAGCGGCUCCCAGCACGGCUGCCAGGGCUCACCCCCCCCCCCGCCAUGCCUCGCCUUGGCCGGCUCCCCUGCCACGGAGCCCCUUGGCGAUCCGGAUCCGGAUCUGGCACGCUGGGCGGCCGUGGGAGCCAACGCUCGGCGAGACAAGACGACGGUGCCCGGACACCCCAACGGGGACGCGUGCCACCUCGGCACGUCCCUGCGCUGCCCGAGCCCCCGCGGUGGGGCUGCACCCUGAGCGUCACCCUGGUUCGCUGACCACCAAGGGGUGCCUCGGGCGCCGGGCCACCCACGCGGGGUGCGAAUGCCCCAGCCUCGGUGCUCCCCACCGCGCAACGGCCCGGCUGGGACAGCAGAGCCCGGUGGGGGCACAUCGCUUACCCACGGGCAAGGCUCCCGCCCUGGCACCGGCCCAGGGCCGAGCUGGCCGAGGGUGCUGGCGGGGGCCCAGCGCCACAGGGGCUGCCCCCGCUCAGCUGUCGCUGUCUGUGACGCUCCCCGUGACGGUCCCGCUCGCCUCAGCCUCACCGCCGGCACCCAGUGCUUGCAGAGCCGGCGGUCCCCACGCAUGGACUUGUGCCACGUUCCCGCCACCCGGGAGAAGGGCUGGUACCUGGCGCUGAUGGCCCCCAACGUCAAGGGUCCCAACUACGCCUGGCUGGACCCCUCCCGGCUCUACUGUCACCCGCAAGGCUUGCAGGACUGCGUGGCCGACCUGCUGCAGCCCUUCCAGGGAGACCCCAUUGACAUGGUGGCCGGCAUCGAUGCCAUGGGCUUCAUCCUGGGCGCUGCCGCCGCCGCCAUACUACGGAAAGGUUUCCUGGCCAUCCGCAAAGCCGGGCACCUCUGCGUGCAGACGCUGACGCAGCCCUACACCGACUACUCGGGCCGAGAGAAGGUGAUGGAGGUCCGCACCGACGCCAUCUCGCCGGGUCUGCGCAUCCUCCUCGUGGACCAGUGGGUUGAAACUGGGGGCACCAUGCGAGCGGCCAUCCGGCUGGUAGAGCGGCUGGGGGGGGUCGUGGCAGGCGUCGCCGCCAUCUGCAUCGAGGACAGCGAGGGCGGGCGGUGGAUCCAGGAGCGCUACAAGUGCGCCCACUGCGUCCCCCCCCGCCUGCAGCCCCGCUUCGACCGCCACCAGUUCGGCUGGGACUGACGGUGGGGCUGGCACCUCACGUGUCCCCUGUAUCCCUCCGUGGGGUGCAGGGCUGCUGGCUUUUCAGGGCAGGGAUGUCCAGGGCAUCCACUGCCCGGUUUGGCUUUCACCGUACCCAAGAUGGUAACCCCUCCUCGGUGGCAGCCAAACUCCCCUGGCUCCAUCUUCCCACCUGCCCACGAGCCUGGGGGCCGUGCCCGGGAGCAGACCCCAACUGCUCCCCACCCCCCCAGCUCCACACCUUCCUUAAAAAGCAUAAAAAAGAUUUUAUUAAGACAAACGGGAGCCCGGGGGCAUCUCCCGCUGCGAGCAGUA